UAAAGCCCCGCAGAUCUAUUCAAUGAGAGCAGAAGAUAACGUAAUAUUUAAACCACAUUUGUGAUCGGUUUACCGGUUCACGACCCAGCAGGGAAUAGUAUUCCCAUAAGAAAUCCCGAUGAAUAUCCGGUGCAGUUAACGAUCUAGGGCGUUUGUACAGUCUGUCCGGAGUGAAACCCGUAGAGGCUGAACCCACUGCAGCUGAUGUUCUCAGGGACCAGAAACACGUGAUGUAUGAAGGUAAACACAUCCAUUACUCAGAGGUGGAUAAUAAGCCGCUGUGCUCCUACAGCCCAAAACUCUGCAAGCAGCGCAGAUUGAAUGGAUACGCCUUCUGCAUUCGCCAUGUUCUGGAGGACAAAACUGCUCCGUUUAAACAGUGUGAAUAUGUGGCCAAGUACAACAGUCAGCGAUGCACCAACCCCAUCCCCAAAGCAGAAGAGAGAAGAUACUGUAACAGCCACCUACAGGUGCUGGGCUUCAUCCCUAAGAAGGAGCGUAAGAAGAAGCAGGAUGCUCUCGAGGAGGUGCAUGCCCGGGCUCACGUUGAGUCCGUUGCUCUGAACAUCACCGUUCCCUCUCUGGCUCUUAGAGACUCUAACGGACUAGACGGCCUCACCCCGUCUCCACCCUGCUCUUGUCUCACCCCCCUGCCCCUCUGCGAUUCUGACCUCCUCGACCCCUUUGCCUUUUACGAGGAGGAAACGGAUGAAGAGGAGAGCGUGGCGCAGAAAAGCUCCAAUACAAGGAAGCCGCCCGGCAGGCCAGUGAUUAGCCUGAGGGUGACAGCACAGGACCCUGAACACCUUCAGUCGGACAUCAAGCACUUUAGCGCCGUCACAGAACCUUGCACGCUUCCAACUUCCCCGCACUUGCCACAACCACCACCACCUCUACCUCCACCCCAACCCUCAUCGAGGCUUGUCCAGCCCCUUCAACAUGCAGAUUGUCCCCCCUACACCCAACAUAUUGUGGUGCAGACUCUGCUAUGCAAGCCAGCUCCACAUCAGACCUGCCCUUCCGUGUUGUCUGGCCUGCUCCCAUCAGCAGGGGCUGAGAACCAGCCAGUCAUCCGGAGACCUCUCCCUACUGCAUCUCCUCGCUCGCCUGCUGCCCAGGACUGCCCUCAGCGCCACUCUGUGGCCAUGCGGCCCGCUGCCUUUACAGCACCCCCUGUCUGCCUGCUCAGACUGCAGCACCUUGUGCAACUUUACACUCAAAGACAGAGAGAGCGUGGAGACCUGUUCCCACAUCUCGGGCUAGACUGGUCUGAGGACAGUACAGAUGAUGAAGAUACAGAGGAGAUUGUUCCUUUAUUGCCUCAGGCCUGGAGAAUACAGGAAAGAAGUCCUUUUUACAGCUCCUCAGAUGAAAAACCAUUGUCCCGGCGGGCACGUCUGGCACAGCUGUGUACAUACCUGCAGGAGAGGUAUAGACACCUGUGCAGACAUGAAAGGGCAGCCACCCGUCACAGCAGAUACCGAUACGCCUUCCGGAAAGCUCUGCUCCAUGCUGCAAGCAAAGACCCCGACUGCACUGCACAACUCAUUCAGAGGCUCAGCAAGUGCUCACAGACCACCGCCUGUUCAAGGUCUGCAGUACCACCAAAGUAUGAAAGGACAAUGUGUACUGGAAUCACCAAGGGACAAAGCUGCUGCAACGUACCUUUGCCAUUUUCAUGCCACUGUUUUCAACAUAUGCUACUGAAUCGCUCUCAGCAGCUGUUCUCCAGUUGUACUGCACGGUUUGCUGAUGGACAGCAGUGCUCUGUUCCUGUGUUUGAUAUCACUCAUCAGACACCUCUCUGUGACGAACAUGCCAAGAAAAUGGAUAAUUUCCUACGUGGGGAUGGUAAUAGACGCAGUCAGCAGCAGCAACAACGACGCCCACGCAAGAAGACCAAACCUCCCGCACUGACCAAGAAACACAAGAAGAAGAGGCAAUGCCUGCGCAGACCACAGAAGCCCAUUCCCCCUGCUAUGCCACAGGGCAACCUGCCAAUGCCCUCCUCCCUCACACUGCCCGCUCACCACGCCCACAUCAGGAGUCCGUCUACCCCAGAGCUCAGUGCAGGUGAGCUUCCUGAUGACAUCACAAAUGAAAUGCCUGACAUUCCUAAUGAUCUUGAGCUGAAUCAGGAAGAUUUCUCUGAUGUGCUGCCCAGACUACCCGAUGAUCUUCAGGAUUUUGACCUAUUUGAGGGUAAGAACGGAGAGUUGCUUCCCACCACAGAAGAGGCAGAAGAACUGGUCAGAGCCCUGCAGGCAAUGGGCUCAUAUCCUGACUCCCUGGUGUGUUUGUCCUCAAUGGGUGAACUGACCCCUGCGGAUGGAGUUGACCACCGCACCAUGGCCGUAUUCUCUGGAUCGGGGGUCACAGCGACAGGCAUCGGAGACCUUCUUAAUGGCCGCAUGGCUUCUGAGACAUUUCCCAAUUUAGAACUGGAGGGAAACCUUCUCCAUGCGUCACUAGACCAUCAUUUCACCACCUCCCCUUCAUCUCAACCCACUCAGAGCACCACCACAGGGCCUACCAGUCCUACCAGUGGACUAACAGAACAAAUGCUUUCCCAGGCUCCCAAGUCUGACCCCUCCCCACCAGGUAGUCAUUACAGCAGCGAGCAUGUGCCAUCGCCCUACAGGGAUCACAUCUCUCCCCCACAUGGUGCCUCUUAUCAAACUGACCCUCCUCUUUUGCUUGAGGUGCCUUUGAGUGGAGCUCCAGGGCCUCCACGCACCUCUUGGAAUAACCUCCCCUUGUCGCUCACAGACCCAGCACAGUUUGGGAAUAUCCUCAGUGCUGAAAGUCACCUCCUCUCCACCUCUCUUUCUACCCCGCUCUCCAUCUCUCACUCCACGAUCCUGCAGCCGACAUCUGCUCUCUCCGCUCUUCCCCAGUCGGGCCUGACCGGCCUCAUGUCAUCCUCGGCCACUUCUCGGGACAUCCUCACCUCAACCCAAGCUAAACUACAGCUCCCACAGUUUAGUGCAGCCUUCGGCCACCAACUGGCUUCCCACAGCGGGAUUCCCAAAGACCUGCAGCCCAGCCAUAGCUCGACAGCACCGCCUACAGGCUUUACGAUCACUAAUGCCACUGCUGCCACGCCCCCCUUCCCUCAGAGCAACUGAGUCUAGAUAGAGAGACAGAGCAAGCGAGAGGCCAUCCCACCUCACACAUCAUUAUGCUCCAUCACAAACAGCUCUUUGACUAUUAGCAGAGUCCUUUUGGACACGGUUAACCAUAUACUCUAUGGCCACCUACACACUGCAGCUAAAUAGGAAACGUUCACACUAGGGGUGUAAUGGUUCUCUGUAAAAAAGCAAACCAUGCGGUCCGCUACCCACAGUCUGGUAAGCAUUUGCACUGUGGUUCAUCUCAAGUCUAACGACGCAUCAUGAGCAUAUGGUCUGGUGAAGAAAAAAGCAUAAAAUAGACAGGCAUAGUUACAACCUGUAGAUGUAUAUGCUCCGCCUGUGUCUCACACGCUUCAUCUUUCUACAGAGACUACUGUCCAAUUAACUUUUAGAAUGUUAAAUCAGUUAAUGACAUAAUGACACAGUUCUGCACACUUUAGUGUGUAGUUGAAAAUGGCAAGAUAAUUUGUUGAGAGACAAAAUAUACAACUAUAAGUAAUCCUUUCAUAAGAACAUUUUUCUCAAAAACUGUAAACACUUCUCUUUGGUGCUAUGAAAAUUGAGUGACCUGCCCCAAGGACAUUACUCAGUCCCCCCCAACUGACGCCACUGAUUAUCUCUUUGUUUGACCAAAGGCAGGAGGAGGGCAUAUUCAGAAAGCUGUUUUGAAAACAUUGUUUUGCAAUUCCAUUUGGUGGCUCUACUGUUGCAGAAAUGACACUUCAGCUUUAAGUUAAAAUGUUGAUUUGGUAAUUAGAGAUAUUUUUUUUAUAUCCUAAAGAAAAUUUGCCAUGGGUAUAUUAUACUCAAAUUGUAGUAACCAGGACUGUAGAAACCAUGGUUUUGAAAAAAUUAACCAUGGCCUUACUACAGUAGUACUUUAGUAUCCAUAUAGUAACCAUGGUUAAUUUUAUGGUUACUAUGGUUUUAAGGAAAAAUACCAUUGUGAAACUAUGGUCACUAUUAAAACCGUGGUGAUUUUUCAUAAGGGUAACUGUGUUGAAGUGUUUGUUACCAAAUUGUGUAUUCUUUCUUUAGAUUUGGCAGUAGUAUUUUUUUUAUCUGAACAUAUCAAGUACUGAACCAUACUGAAACCAUAACCUUAAAAUCAUAAUACAAACGAACCAUGAGAAAUUUGAUCCGUAACACCCCUAGUAGCAAAAUACAUUUGUCAACCCUGUUUUAGGGUGUUAAAUAACAUCAUAUUCACGCAGUUAACAUAGAGUUUGGUUAUAAACGAGGGUGACAAUCACAUUAUUUAACUGAACAGACUCGCUUAAAUGUUCAGGACUCAAUUUAUUAGUUAUUUAUGGGAAUGACAAUCACAUUCUAAAACCAAAUUCAAGUAGUGACAACCAUAUUUUGAUGUAGUUUGUACUGAAACAAACUGAGGUGCAUUUGUUAGAAAUGCAUCGUUGAAUCAAACCAACCAGCUAGUCACAACACUGCAGUAACUGUGUCCCGAAUUAUGUUUCCCGAAACCGUAGUAGCUGUCGUUUCAACUUUGCGAUGCUGUUUGCAAAUGUUUAUUAGAACUGUGGUCUCAGGAAACAACCAGUUGAACUAUGUUGGUAAUGGUGGAACUUGCAACCAUACUUGGGAACGCACCCCCCGACCCACUAGUGAAUGCAUGGCUCUGUUCUCUGGACAGACAGCUUGUCCGAGUUGCGGUGCUAGUAAAUCCCAGUGUCUUAAAUCAUUCACAUAUUUUGAUACCAGUCUGUCUCUCUCCAAUGUAGCUGAUCCCACCAGCUCUUGGGACUAGUAGAAUCCAAUACUUUAUAGUCAACAGAUAUCGUGCUGUUUAAAAGCAGCAGCUAAAUGUGCACAUAUGAAAAACAUAUAACCUGUGUCGAUGAUUUCUGGUUGCUUUGGACCAAAACAACUUAAGUUAAACUGGAAUCAAUAUUUAUUUCCAUAUUUACAGCUGAGACACCCAAACCUUGCUAUGGUAUUACUGUAUAAAGCCUUGUGAGUUCAAGUGAGAGUCCUGUUGGGAGAACCAUUUUUACCUAAAAUGUCCCAUUGAAUUUAAUAGAAAAUGUACUCAAGAAUGGAUUAAUGAAUGAUUUGCACACACAUUGGUUCUACUUGUUUCAUAAUUAAGGCUUAGAGAACAGUCAUUUGGGGAAUUCACUCCAUCAUUUAAUUGCGAUUGUCACUCCCAAAACCUUGCAGUGUGUACAUGGCCUGUCAACAGCCUCUCUGUUUCUUGUUGUUGUGACCCAAGAGUUGUCCUGGCCUCACAGUCUGUUAUUCUAAGGUUGGUGAAUACUCUCCAUCAUAUUCCUUAUUAUUCUCAAACUUCUUAUUUAUAAUGAUUCCUUAAAAAAAAUCCUUAAGAGUAGCAGGUUUUUGGUUCACUUGCUUUUUGUGGAGUCCUUGUGUUAGUAGGUGCAUAUGCUAUUUCUUUAGAGAGAGCAUUGCAAGUAUUUUAAAGGUCUUGGUACCUGGUAUUAACAUCUGUCUCUGGUGAUCUGAUCACAGGUGGUCAGCAGAGAUAGAUUGCCAUUUUCCUGGUGUCUCAAAUGUUUUUCCUGUUACUACUUGUGAUUGAGUUUCGUGACUACAUACAUUAUUACAUCUGUGGGCCACAGCAGGUUGAUGAAGCACAAAAUGUUGGUGCACUGUUGCUUCCAAAUAUAUAAAUGCACUUAAAUAGCACCAAUUCCAGUAACAUUCAAAGUUUCCCAAACUAUAAUUGGGAGGUUGACUAAUUAAAAAGAACUAGACCCAUAGGUUGUGUAUUUAUUGCAAAGGCCAAUGACAGGUGAACCCUCAUCCACAAUAUUUAUCAUGGCUAUCCACAUUACUACAGCAAUCGUGAAGCCACAUUUACAUGAUUUGUGCCACUUUGAAUUCCAAAUGAAAAGUGCUUGCAGAGAAUGUCUUGUUUUGAUUUUAAAGCUGGCACGGUCCACCUAAUGAUACUUAAUCCGAAUUGUCCAGUAAGAUGGAAGCAUAACGUAAUGCCGGGGAAAUGCUGAUGCUUCAAUCCAGCAUGUCGCCCGAUUUCGGCCUAUCACAAGUCCCAUCUGGGUUUGUUAUGUGCAAAAAAAAUUAUGAGGAGCUGCUGGAGCUUCAGAAGUUGCUCUGAGUAUAGUCCACAAGAUAGUCUGGGUUUAUUUGGAGUGCUCACACAACGCAAUAACACUGGAAAAUGAGAGACAAAAACUCACUGUUCAUAGAAUUUCUAGAUUAGCAUAAAAUCCCUUUAUAUGGACAGAAAAAUUAUUGGAAUUUGAAAUGCACAAUAAUUGCCGUUAUCUCAAAUAACCGACAGGACUACUUGUAUUGCUCCUCAAUAUUAACAUCAUUUUGGAUUAUUGGCUUCACCUGAUUUCAGGAACUAUGAAAAGGUUCAGUGAAGUCUUGUGCAUGAUGUAUAUGUAUGGGCUUUUCAAACGUUUUGAUCAGAUGCUUAUGUAUAAUUGCGAAAAGGCAGUCUUUCUUUGUUGUCUGGAAUGCAUUAGCAAUUACACAGCAAAUACAGUAUGGUCACAUGCGUUUGCUGCCCAAAAACAACUGGACCCUGUCUAAACACACAUACACCUUUAUUUAGCACCAUCCAUGUGUUAUCGGAUUGUCUGACAGCCAAAUGUUAAUACCAGGUGUAAACAGGAUCUAAAUGGCCUGACACAUGCCAUCAUGGUGGCACUGCAGAUAAACAGUCUUCAGGCAGUAUUGAGAUGGUAGCCCCGGAAUAGCCAAACCCUCCACAACUUCACCCAUCGUUCACUCAUUUGUCUCUCAGAGAACAGGGCAGGUCUGAACAUCUCUGAGAUUGAUUUGGACUUGAGUCUCAAGAAAAUCCACUAUAUGACUUGUAAUCAGGACAUUUCUAUAGCACUGAACAUUAUGACUCUUUCAUGGGUUUUUGCACAAGCUCAGUGGACUUGAUCUGGGCUGUUCACAUCAGAAGGUCAACUCGGUUAAAUAAAGCAAUAAUCUCAUCAGCAGAGCCUCCCAACCAAGUUUUCAGGUGUGGCUCAGCCUGGGGCUAUGAAUAGCUGAAUCUCAUUCUUUUAAAACAGUGUAAUUUAUGACUUAACUGUUUGUUAACAGUAAAGUUCUCAACCCAGACCUCGUUAAAGUCGUAGAAACACUGACAUGAAACUCAGCAAAAAGAAAACGGACCAAUUACAUUUUGAGGUCAAUCUUCUCGGCAAAUAUAUAUAUGGGUUAAAAUGUCUGUUAUUCUUUAUGGUGCUUAACAUGUUUAGCAUAAUUGUGGUUAUUAAAAUAUAAGAGUCCUCUGUGGUUUCAGAGUACAGUAGAGUUGGCAUAUGAAGGGAGAGUUGACAUCAACUGAAAUGACCCCGUGUUGGGUGUGGGUACCUUUGGUGCAAUCUUAAGUGGAGAAUGGUGUGUGUGCAACCUGAAUGUUUUUUUACUCCAGACUUCCACACAGCCAUUUUUAGCCACCGUCAGUCAGCCUUUUGACACAUGGGACCAAUGUUCCCUUCGGAUUACAUUUUUAUUUUUAAUGUAAAACCAAUGUUUUUGACACUGAAAGAUUAUCUCAUAUUGUUAUUAAGUAUUAAAUAUAUUUAUAGAGUAGAAACCUCUAGAUUGGGUUUUAUUGAGUGGCAAAAGACUAAAUAUGAGAUUUUUAAAAAGAAACUGGUCAAUUACAACCAACUUUGUGGAACUGAAAGAUUUUGUGGUAUAAUGUUUGGUAGUUUUAAAAGCUAUCAAAAUGGUCAUGAUUAAUCACUUUUAUUGAUUGAUGUUGUGUAUCUGUGUCAUUUAUUUGGACAAAGAGAUUGUGAUCAUGUGUGACAGUAUUUUUGAUAGCUAUUAAAAAGUAGCAGCUAGUGGAUGCUGAAAGACUGAUCAUAGUUUAAAUGUAAAACAAUCAUGGACCUUAUCGCAAUUAAUCUCACUAUUUUUCCGCCAUUUUUACAUCAGUUGUUCCGUUGUUUUUAUGAACUUUUCAGUACAAUGCAACAAUUCACUUAAGAAUGUAAUGUUCGUAAAGCCAUUGUCAUAUUGAAUUGAAUCAUUUGUUAAACUAUUAUUGUGUAAAUGUCAUGUAAUUCGUAAAAAGCAUUCUUAUCAAAACAUAAAUAGUUUGUAAAACCAUUCUUACGUGAGAUGUUGCAUUUCUUUUACUAACUAUUCAAUUUAAUGCAACAACCCAUAAGAAAGGUUGAUUGAUCUAUUCAAUGUCCGUCAAUUUACAUAAGAAUUGUUUUACGACCUAUUCAGUUAAUUCUUAUGUAAAUUAUUGAUUAUAUUAAAUCAUUUGUAAAAUCACUCUUUCAUAAAUUGCAUUCAAAUCAAUGGGACAUUUUACAUAAAAAUUAGUUUAGGUCCGUUUCACACAAAUUAAUUCUGCUGUUGUUUCAUGAAUGAUGCCCAUUGAGAGUGCCACAAUGAUCAUGGGUGUGCUGGAGCCAUUAGUUUUGGCCAUUACUUCAUGAUGACUUGUUUUUGCACAAAUAAAUUGACACAUACUCUUUGAUUUUUUUAAAGCUGUCCUCAAAUGAAGAGAAUCUCAAGGAGUACUGUACUGACAAGACAUGGUUAAUUUUCUUGGUCAUAUUCCCUCCUGUGGUUCUAGCUGCAUUUUCGCCUGCACUAUAUACCACAGGUCUAACUGACUUUCAGUCAAAAGCCUGAUACAUGUGAACAAGAGUUCUCUUUCAUUACUCUCCCUGCCAAUAUUCAUCAGUUGUGGCAAAAGGUGUUUCGUUACUCUAACAAGCUGUAGUGUUGUUUGCGGUCCACGUUUAUACUGUGUUACUACUGUGUGUUCUGUGUGAACGAAAGCAGGUCCACUGCACAGCGAAAACUCCAGAUGGCACAUUGCUUGCACUCUGCGUUCAGAUAUCUGACUGAUUCCUGUACUCACUGAAUGUACUGUAGAACUGUUUUUAAAACUGAUAGGAUAAUCUAGUCACCUUUUGUUAUUGGUCUUUAAUUUGUCUAAGGUAUUUUUUAUUUUUGUUUUUUUGUAUACAAAAGUUUACAUUUUUAUGUAUAUUUUUCUUGUGUAAAAAAAAUGUAAUAUGUGUAUAAACAUUGUAUGUAAUAUCUGUAUAUAGAGUGAACAUUUUUGAUCUUGUUUUUGGAUGUAAGAAUUAAAAUUGUGUGAAUUUGCAUGGAUGGGGACGGUUCUACAUUAUUUGGGGUCCAAAAGUCUGAGAUAACUGAUUCUGGGAUUCAUCUUUUUAAUCAAAU